GCGGUACAUUGAGUAAAAACGCCUACAUAAAAUACAUUUGUCUACAACAUUAUUUCACACAAAAAGGCAAGUAUUUAACAGCUGUUUCCUCUUUUCUGCUCGUUUUGCAGUUUAGUAGCGGUUUUUAAACAACGUUGGAACAUAAUAUUCAAGUGUGUAAAAGUUUAACUUUACUGUACUGCUCCCCUCAGUUAUGCGGAGAUGACUGACCUGAUUUUAUUACGUGCAAACUGAUUAUUCAUCUCGUUAAUGACUUAUUUCAAGUGAUAUUACAGUAUAUACUGCUCUUAAGAAUAUCAUGCUAUGAGGUGUUUUAUUAUAUUACAUCAUAGCCUCUACAGAAUGUAAUACUUAAGUUAAAAACAAAGGUUGUUAAGUUGUGUGAAUAAAUAUAGCGGCAAUAGUUACUAUAAAAAGUAGGUGCAUAUAUAUAGCCCUGGUUUUUACUUUUUAACGUUUUCAUCUCAUGAAAAUUAUCUCCAUGAAUGUUUAAUAAUACGUGUCUAAAAAGGUUGGUCAGCAGGUAACGUUGUAGGCUAUAGGGCGCUGCGAGAUAAAGAAUGCGGAACAGGUUACAGUUUCAUUUCCUGAAAAGACAGAGCAGUAUACUUUGUAAAGCUACACACAGCAGAUUGGAAUUUAUAUCUGAAGAACUAUGGAAUUUCAGAUCCAGUUACCUGUUCCAUUUCCAGUUUCAAUUCCAGUGGUACCCAGAAAAACAGACCCACUAAUACAAUGCAUCAUAGACAACAAGUUACAGAGAUUAAAAAAAUGUAUCAGAGGAAAGGACAUCAAUGGGCUUUACCCUUCUGAAGACUGGAAAGAUGAUGUAACACUGUUAACAGCAGCAGUUAUAUGCAAGAAUGAAGAAAUCUGCUCAUAUCUUAUUAAAGAAUCUGCUGAUCCUAACAAACACUCGACAAAUGGACAUGCUCCUCUACACUAUGCUGGUUUUACACCUGGGGUUCCACUGAAUAUUGUGAAUAGAUUACUUGCAGCAAAAGCUGACGCAGAUGGAUAUGAUAUACAGAUGUACAGUCCAUUGCAGUUUGCUGUGGAUUACAACCGUGAUGACAUUGUAAAAGCACUCAUGAAGACCGGUGCUACAGCUUCAAGGAACUAUGGAAGAAAUCAAGCGCUUGACAAAAAAAUAGACAACAUGAUUCAUCGACUUUCCUCACAGAAUGAAGAUUUUGAGAAAGUACAGAUAUUUUUCUCUUUCUCUUGUGCUGUUCCAAAGAAACAGCAGACAGAAGUUUUCAGCAUCUACAGGGCACAUUUCCUUAAAGAGAAUCCUUUUACUCAUACACUUCUGUUUGAGGAGUACUUUAGUGUUAUUGGUCCAGGUGCAGAACAAUAUCAGCAGAGUGCCAUCAAGUGGUUAAAAGAUACAAAGAGCUCAGACAAAUACAUUGAGGACGUCAUCAAGCGCUUUCCAAGAAUUUCUAAGAUGCAUUAUUUGGCAAUUGCAUUUAAUUGCUUAAAUGCUGUUUUGCGUGUCAGUGAAAGGAUUUCUCCUCAAAUAUUCAAUGACCUUGUGCCAAUUCUAACAAACAGUGUCCAGCCUUGUGGAAAUGCACAGGGAGAGAGAGUCAAUCAAUUUAUACUAACAGUACUUGAUGUCAUGAUGCAAAAAAACCAAAAGCAAAAACUAAAUAUAAGUCAUUCUGAAUAUGAAACUGUAUGCAACAGUCUACUGCCUCUUACAAAAGCUAAUUCAAUUCAAAUUAGUCUUUCAACCUAUGGAGUGUUUGCUCAGGUGAAUGACUUUGCUCCUGAAGUUGUUGCAAAGUGUGGAUUGUCCUCAAUACCAGAGAGGAUACUUAAUGCUGCAGAAAUAAAGAUGGAUGAAAUCAUGAAAGAAAAACUUCAAAAACUCAACACAUCACUUGAAGAUCCAUCAAGUUUAAGUGCAGUGGAUAGACAAUGUGAGGAAAACGCAGUUUCCCAUUCAACAGGAAAACAGAAGAAGAAGAAGAAAAAGAAGAAGACAAAUCAGCAAGAGCUGGAGUCACAAUUAAGGGAGAAGGAAGAUGAAGAUAAGCAAUUAUUUCCAGACACAAAGACAUCCACAGAGGAGACAAAUUCAAGUGUCCAGCCCUUCACACUACCUGUUGAGAAUCCUCCAGCAGAACGACGGUGGCAUCCGAUCAGUCGUCGCUGGAACAAACAAUUUGAAAAACUUUCUAAAAUUGAUGCCGGCAAAGCCUCUCGAUUACGAAGUUACACUCUUGUACUCGAAAAUGAAUUUAAGAUCGCUAAAGGAAGUGAUGGAACACAAGUUUUUCUCGGUCUAAGAGAUGAUGGCACAGAGGUGGCAGUGAAACGAAUGCUUAAGUCCAACUACCAGGAUCUCAAGAAUGAGGAGACAUUUUUACGACUUCCAGAACUUGACAGUCCCUCUAUUGUGCGCUAUAUUGACUUUGCAGAAGAUGACCACUUUGGAUACCUUAUUCUUCAGCUUUGUGAGUACACACUUGAAGAAUUCAUCCAAGAUCACUUACCAGCCGAUAGCUCUCAGAGGACUUGUGUUUUAAAAGAACUUGUGAGGGAAGUGCUCUGCAGUCUACAAGUUCUACACGGCCAACAAACUAAAGUACUUCAUCGGGACAUCAAACCCCAGAACGUUCUGAUCGACAUAAGAGGGAAAGCUAAACUGGCAGAUUUUGGCAUAAGUCGCAGACUGAAACCGAGUGAAACCACUUUACGAACAAGCACCGCUGGAACUAAAUUCUGGAAGGCAAAAGAAGCAAUAGAUGAAGAAAGCAACAGUGGCUACAAAAGAAGUUCUGACAUUCAGGUUGCUGGGAUGUUAGUGUACUACAUUCUCUCAAGAGGGCAUCAUCCUUUUGGUAAAGGUCCAUUUUGUGAGGUCAACAUUCUGCAAGGAAAAUACACACUAGAACAUCUGGAAGAUGAUGUAGCGAAGGAUCUUGUGGAGUGGAUGAUCAAUGAAGAUCCAGAAGAGAGACCAACUGUGGAGCAGACACUUGCACACCCCUUCUUCUGGAAUGAUGAAAAAAAAGUGGAGUAUGUAAAAAAACUGGGGAUUCAGAAAGAGGCAGAGAAGUAUCUUAAUGCUGAGGAGGAAUUGCUUCAUGCCAUUGAAGAAUUCACGAUAGGAAAAAGCUUUUCUGAAUGGAGGAAUAAAUUCUCUCCUGAGCUUGUCCAGAAACUGGAUGGUAAGAAGAAACCUUAUCCUGAGAAUAUACUGGGCCUGCUGCGUUUUAUACGCAACCUGCACGAGCAUUACCCAGAUGAAGCAGCAAACAUCAACCUGAUGGCUUUGUUCCCUGAUUUUUUUGGGAGUUUGUACAGGUUUGCCAAGGAGAGAGGAUGGCACUCCAGACCGAGUCUCAAGAAGUUUUUGAACUCGGUUUCCAAUAUUUGAUUUUUCUUCCUGAAUUUAGCAUGAAUGUUUAUUCUUUAUAUGUUUAAUGAUAAUAUAAAGUAGAGAUCGACCGAUACAUCGUUUCUCCCGAUAAUUUCCCCGAUAUGUAAUCAAUUUCCCAUCAUCUGGUAUGUGUUUUCUAAUAUCGGAUUCACCGAUAAGCUCCGCCAUCUUGUGGCCGUUAAAAGAGCUGAAUUUAAUUCCUUUGUUGUUUAUGCUCAUCGUUCAUAUUACUGUUCACUCGCCGGAUUGAUGAUCAGGAAGUUUUAGCAUAUAGCCUCCCAUGUAGCUAACUUUUAAACAAUAUUAACUUGUUUAAAAACUCUAAGUUAUACUUUCAUCGACUAUAUAACCAUUAUUUCACUAAUAAACAUUUAAAUAAAUAAAUACAGCCCCCUGGAACGUCCGCUCUCCCGCGUUCCCAUGCGCUCUCUUUCUCAAUGAGCUCCGUGUGUGUGCGAGUCCUCGGUCCCUAUGAGUUUGGUGCAGGGUUUGUGUUUCAGAUCCCUCUUUUUAUGUUUUUAAUUGGUUAGAAUGAUUAAUUAUUGAACAAAGACACUUUAGUAUAUUAAUGCCCUUUCAGACCUCUCUAUUUAUUGGUGUAUAGAUGCAAAUGUUUUGCUUUGUAUGCAAGGAGGGAAGUUUUAAAUAAAAUACUUUGUUCAGUUGUGUUGUAAUCAGUGUGUCAAAAAGUAUAACAGUAAAUAAAUAUCUGUUCUACAUAUCGGGUAUCGGACACAUAAACAUGCAAAUAAUCGGUAUCUGUUUUAAAAAAAAAAUAUUGGUCGAUCGCUAAUAUGGUCACUCCUAAAAAGUUGUGCCUUUUUACGUUUAUUAAAACAAUUGGGGAAUUUUUGUAUCUUUCUACUUACAAAAGGUUAAUGCUGAACUUUUAUGCAAUGUUUAUGAUAGCUGCCGUAAAUAAUGAGGACAAAUGACACACAAAUGUUUUCUGUAAAUGAUACAUGUGCAUUCAAAUAUUUGUUCUGAAUGGUGUUCAUUAUCAAUUGUACUGUAUUACUUACAUUUAUGUUGACAAAUGAAAGAAGUGUAGAGUGUGUAUCGAAUAUGCUCUCCGAAUGCAAAAAAAAAACGAUUAUGCUGUCAGAUUAAAAUGCCUUAUUUUACAAAUAUUUGGGAAUGGGGGAUAUAUAGUCACAGUUAUUCCUCAAAUGUCUUUACGUUUUCCAGAUUUUUUUGAAUACCAUGUUUUUUAAUGUCUCUGUACAAUAAAACUUUAUAUAUUAA